AUGCUCUGGCCUCCAACAUCUCCAACGCAGCGCCCUUUCCUCUCGUCACGCCUUUUACCGCCCUUACAUCUGUAUCACGGCCAAGACUAUAAACUCUUGCUCGUGCACUCUUCAGUCACCCAUUCCGCCGCAGACUCGGCCUGCUCUGCUGCACAUCGGACGCCGCCGCCGCUCACCCACAUGUGCCCAGCCGCCACCCGCUUUUGGGGUUCGAUUAGGCCAUCACAACCGCACCCGUCGACACCACCACGCCCGCCCUCGGCCCCCCGUCGGCCGGCUCCUGAAGAAAUUCCGCCUCUUAACCCUGCGGCCACCCGCCGCGGCGAGGUCGACCUGGAUCGACUCUCCGAUUCCAGUAUUAACCGCCCCGCUGACGCUUCCGACGUCUCGACGACCACGACCACGACCACGACUGCUGCACCUCAGCAGCCCGCUUCGCCAUCAACCACGACGCCCACCGCUCCCCCGCCCCAGACAUCCUUUGCUCACGCCCUUCGACCUGUCACUCCAGACGCCGCCCGUGCGAACAUAGAAUCUUCCUCGGCCUCAUCUCCUCCCUCGCCGCUGCAUCCCGGCCAGAUACUCGGACGACGGCGUCGACGUUCUUCCUGCCACGACGAUACCGGAGCGCCUCUCGCCUCGGCUGCUGCAGCUUCCGGUGCAGACACCCAGGCAGAACCGGAACCGAAACGAAGAAGACGCGCCCCAGCAGACAUGGUUGCCCCCGACGACCACACCGCGCCUGACAACGGUCCUGCGCCCCAAUCCGGAGCCAAUGGCACAUCGCCUUCAUCGCCGCUGAGGACGGCUAACGGCAGCAAAGCAAAUGGAGAUGCCAAACCCUCGAUAGAGACUAAUGGUUCGUCAGCAAAGGGGAAGCGAGUGGGCGCCGGCCCCAAAUUGGAUACCUACUUUGGCCACAAUAGAGAAGAGGUUACCCGUAUCCUUAUCCAGGCCUUGACAGACAUGGGCUACCAGACUGCCGCCGAAAAUGUCAGUCAUGAAAGCGGCUUCACUCUAGAAAACCCUACCGUCGCUGCUUUUCGGUCUUCAGUCCUCGACGGCGCCUGGGACGAGACGGAAAAGUUGCUCAAUGGCGCCAUCACGCCCGAGGGGCACGGAGAGCCAGGGAACGGCCUUGUUCUCGCCGCCGGGUCAGAUCGAGGCACCAUGCGAUUCUGGGUCCGCCAACAAAAAUAUCUUGAGCUCUUGGAGCGCCGAGACACCAGCCGGGCCCUCGUGGCUCUACGCAACGACUUGACGCCCCUCUCUCAGGAUACAGAAAAGCUUCGCUUAUUAUCAAGUCUGCUCAUGUGUCGCUCAACAGACGAUCUCAUGUCCAAAGCAAACUGGGACGGCGCACAAGGCCGAUCCCGACAAAGAUUAUUAUCAGAACUGUCUAAAUGUAUAUCACCCUCCGUCAUGCUUCCUGAAACCCGCCUCGCCGUUUUAUUAGACCAUGUAAAGAAGAGCCAGAUCGAUACUUGCCUUUAUCACACGGCUGCUUCCUCCCCAUCGCUGUACUCGGACCAUUUCUGCGAGCGCCGAAAUUUCCCCACCGAAGUCGCCCUCGAGCUCUCUGACCUAGCCGGCGAGGCUUGGCAGGUGCAAUUUUCGCACGACGGUGCCAGACUUGCCGCGUGCGGCAGUAGUGAAGCCGUCGUUAUCUGGGAGACGUCGACGUUUUCCACCAUAUGCGUUUUAGCUGAUCACGAAGCUGGUGUCGGCAACAUCUCGUGGAGUCCCGACGACACCAUGCUCGUAACCUGCUCACAAGAUAACUUUGCCCGGCUUUGGGAUGCCAGGUCGGGCGCAUUAAUAAAGAAACUGUUUAGCUUUGAUAAACCCGUCACUGGGUGCCUGUGGGCCGCCGACAGCAAGUCAUUUGUACUGGGUGGUCUCUCGCGCGCCCACGGGCUGUGCACUUUUUCCGUCAACGGCGACGAGAUCCAGGAAUGGGGCAGGGACCACCGCGUGCAGGACCUAGCCCUCUCGCCCGAUGGCCGCUGGCUAGUCGCCCUCGACGACCAGCACACGUUCCACGUUUACAACGCCAAGACGCGCGAGUUACUCUACAGCCACGAGCUCAAGACGAGGCCGACGUCGGUCAGCAUCAGCGAGGACUCGAAGCACAUGCUCCUCAAUAAGCACGACGGCGAGGCGCAGCUGAUUGAGAUUGAGACGAAAGCCUACAAGCAAAAGUUCCUCGGCCAUACGGGUGGCGAAUUUCUCAUUCGCAGCGCAUUUGGCGGCGCCAACGAGGGCUUUGUCGUUUCGGGCAGCGAGGACGGCAACAUCCUUAUCUGGCACAAGAAUACGGGUGCCGCUGUGGAGCGCCUGAAGGGGCAUGAUCCCCGAUGCAACGCCGUGGCAUGGAAUCCGGCGGAUCCGUGCAUGCUGGCGUCCGCUGGCGACGACUGCCGCGUAAAGAUCUGGAGCAACAAGACUCGUGCCGCCGAGUUGAGAACCUUGCACGCGCGUGUGCCCAGCAACAAUGGCUGGCGCAAUCCAGACGAGGGCAUCUACUAA